CCGGCGCGGCCUGGCUCACUCGGUUCUCCCGGUUUCCCGGACCUUAGACUACGGCCUCGCCACCUCUCCGGUUCGAUCAUGGGCCCUGCCGAUCGCCCCGCGCUGAGGUCGCCAUCGUUGCCGCCCCCUCCCCCAUCGCCGCCGUCGCCGCUGCUGCUACUGCUGCCCCUGCUGCCUUUGUGGCUGGGCCUGAUGGGGCCCGGAGCGGCGGCGGACGGCAGUGAGCCGGCGGCCCGGGAGGGACGGGGCGGAGCCCGCUCAGUGCGAGUGGAUGUGAAGCUGCCGCGGCAGGACGCCUUGGUUUUGGAGGGCGUCAGGAUCGGUCCCGAAGCCGGUCCGGAACCUCUGCUGGGCGGCCGCCUGCUGCUGAUGGAUGUCGUGGAUGCUGAGCAAGAGAUACCUGUAGAUGGCUGGAUUGCAGUGGCAUAUGUGGGCAAAGAGCAGGUCGCCCAGUUCCACCAGGAGAAUCAAGGCAGUAGCCAGAAGGCAUAUCCCAAGGCUCUGGUCCAGCAGAUGCGCCGAGCCCUUUUCCUGGGAGCCUCUGCCCUGCUUCUCCUCAUCCUAAACCACAGUGUGGUCCGAGAGCUGGAUAUAUCCCAGCUUCUGCUGAGGCCAGUGAUUGUUCUCCAUUACUCCUCCAAUGUCACCAAGCUGUUGGAGGCACUUCUGCAGAGGACCCAGGCUACUGCUGAGAUCAGCAGUGGAGAGUCCCUUUCAGCCAACAUCGAGUGGAAGCUGACAUUGUGGACCACCUGUGGUCUCUCCAAGGAUGGCUACGGAGGCUGGCAGGACUUGGUGUGCCUGGGAGGUGCUCGGGCCCAGGAGCAGAAACCCCUGCAGCAGCUAUGGAACGCCAUCUUGCUUGUAGCCAUGCUCCUGUGCACAGGCCUUGUGGUUCAGGCCCAACGGCAGGCGUCAAGACAGAGCCAGCAGGAGCCUGGAAGCCAGGAGGAUCUGUUCAAACGCCGUGUGGUUCGGAGACUAGCAUCCCUCAAGACCCGGCGCUGCCGGCUGAGCAGGGCAGCACACAGCCUUCCAGAGCCGGGCACUGAGACGUGUGCUGUGUGUCUAGAUUACUUCUGUAACAAGCAGUGGCUCCGGGUACUGCCCUGUAAGCAUGAGUUCCACCGAGACUGUGUGGACCCCUGGCUGAUGCUACAACAGACCUGCCCACUGUGCAAGUUCAACGUCCUGGGGAACCACUACUCAGAUGACUAACUGCCCCAGUGGAAAGUCUGCAGUUCGGGAUGGACCCUUCCCAGCCUACACUACAGGAGAAUGGGAUGGACAGACCAGCUAGCCCUAUGGGCAAAGGAAAGGUCCCACCAUGCCCAUGGCGGGUAGAAGGGCCUCACAGCUCCAGGCUGAAGAUACAGAGCCAGGACUCAGCAGGAAAGGAGAAAUCAUUAGAGCCCUUCUCUGCAAACCUGGGUAUUUGUGUCCACCCUCAUAGGCAGCUCCCACAACUCUGGGAAAGGACCUACGGCCAUUGCACCUGUCCCCAGCACUCUGGAGCAUCACUGUUGAGUUUUAUUUAUUGGGGGACCCUCUGGCAGGAACCUGUGUUUUGGGCCAUAGCCUGAUCAAUCAAAGGUUGAUGUUAAAGUGAGCCUGCUCCAUUACCUGCUGCCUGUCCAGCUGGAUUCUUCCAGUCUGGCUGGGAUCAGAGGCCUUAGAAACCAUCUAGUGCUGUAUUUCUUGGUUGGGCUAAAUGAUACUGACCAGGACACUUGAGGCCACAGAAUAUAUGUGGUGCAUCUGCAAGGGCAUCUUUAAAAGGAAAAACAAAACAAAAACAAAAACACAAAACAAAUGUUUGGGUAAGGAAGUUUUAAUAGUAAA